CUGAGCGGAACAUUUGUGUCACUUUUUCACACACACCCCACAAGCCCCCACCCCCCCUCCCACUCUGUGUGUGUGUUUGCACCCCCCGACCAUUCCUUUUGCAUGCGUGCGCGCGCGCGUGCGCGUGGGCUGCAGCUGAGAGCAUGCACGGCGACGACGGCGAGCGGCACCGAGACUCAACCACGACGGGGGCAAAAUGGACCGCUCGGCACCAUUUACUCCACCGAUGCACUUUGUGUUCACUGCUGCUGCUGCUGCUGCUCGGCGUGGACGUGACGUGGAGCGCCACGGAGCCGCUGGCCUCCGAUGACUUUGCCUUCUUCCACGAGGGCAGCCAAUGGUGCCUGGGGGUGCACGUGCGCUCCAUGGUCCUGUCCACCUCCUGCCGAGAGGCCGGCCAGCGCUGGAAGUGGGUGACCCAUGGUCGCCUCUUCAACCUGGGCUCCUCGCUUUGCCUCGGCGUGACCACCGGCAACGACACCGUCUCCGGGCCGGGACGCAUCCCUCUGAGCGUGUACACGUGCUACCGCCAGCCCCCCAAGGUGCGCUGGACGUGGAGCUGCGGCCAGGUGCUGGAGGACCUUAACAACUACUUGCCCUGGCCUUCGUUCUCCAACGUGACCACGCCCACCACGUCCAGCUCCAAAUGGAGCGUGCAUGGCGGCGAGCAGGACCUGUGCGCCAAAACAUACCGAGAAAUCUACACCAUCCAGGGCAACUCCAAAGGCCAGCCGUGCUACCUGCCCUUCCUGUACGACGGGCAGUGGUUUCACAAUUGCACCAGCAUCGGGCGCAAGGACGGCCACCUGUGGUGCGCCACCACCUACGACUACACCCAAGACGAGCUCUGGGGCUUCUGUCCCGUCAACAGCGGCGGCUGCGAGACCUUCUGGGACACGGACCCGCUGACGCACAGCUGCUACCAGUUCAACUUUCACGCCUCGCUGUCGUGGAGCGAGGCCCGCAUCAGUUGCCAGCAGCAGGGCGCCGACCUGCUCAGCGUCACCAAGCUGCAUGAGCAGACCUACAUCAACGGCCUGUUGACCGGCUACAGCGCUACCUUGUGGAUCGGCCUCAAUGACUUGGACAUCAACGGCGGCUGGCAGUGGCCUGACUCAUCGCCACUCAAUUACCUCAACUGGGAGCAAGACCAACCGAACCAUGAAUACGAGGAGAACUGCGUGGUGAUCAGGACAGAGUCGUCGGGUCGUUGGCAAAACCACGAUUGUUCCGAAACUCUUCCUUACGUCUGCAAGAAGAGGCCCAACGCAACUCUGGACCCUUUCACUACCGACUCGUGGGCGGACGAUGAGAAGUACGAGUGCGAAGUAGGAUGGCAGGCCUUCCAAGCGGGCUGCUACAAGCUCGCGCCGGAAAAAGGCGACUGGGACGCAGGGCUGAGGACGUGCCAGAAGAUGGACGCCAACCUGGUCAGCAUUCACACGUUGCCCGAGAUGGAGUUCAUCCUGCGCAACAUCAAGAAAGACACGGAGCAGCUGUGGCUCGGCCUCCACGACACGGCCAUGCAGAUGGACUUCCAUUGGAGCGACCACACGCCCGUCAUCUUCACCCACUGGCACCCCUUCGAACCCAACAACUUUCGCAACACUCAGGAAGACUGUGUGUCCAUGUGGGGAGCCGAUGGCCGCUGGGACGACAGCCCGUGUAACCUUACUCUGCCCGCCAUCUGCAAGAAGGCCGCCACCAAGAACGAAGGCAAACCUCAGCGUCAAGACUGCAAACAAGGCUGGAAGUGGCACAGUCCAUCUUGCUACUGGGUGUCAGAGGAUCUCUUGACAUUCAACGAGGCCAGGAAGUCGUGCGAGGAAAACAAGGCGUCCCUCCUAACCAUAACCAACAGGUUUGAACAGGCCUUCGCCAACAGCUUGGUGUUUGGUCGUUCCGAUGAUUCCUUCUGGAUCGGUCUUCACGACCAGGGCAGCCCCGGCUCGUUCCACUGGCAGAUCGGGGACCGAGUGUCCUACACCAAUUGGAACCGAGACCAGCCAGUCAGCGUCCAAGGAGGCUGUGUCUCCAUGGCGACCGGCUCGACAACCGGCCUGUGGGAGGUGAGGGAGUGCGCGUCGUCGAAGGCCAAAUACAUCUGCCGCCAGAACCAGGACGCCACGCUGAGCCCCGAGCCCCCUGCCCUUGCCCCCCAGCCCACGCCCAGCCUCAGUGGUUCCUGCCCCAAUGGCUGGAAAAGCAACAGCAACCUGCGCUACUGUUACAAGGUGUUUCACUGGUCGCAACUGGAUCAGAAGCUGAGCUGGCUGCAGGCUCACUUGUUCUGCCGCAAACACGGCGCCAACCUGCUGAGUAUCGGCAGCUCCGACGAGGAGCACUUUAUUCUCCAAGUGCUGCACGAGGCCUUUGGGGAGUCUGAGGACCACGAGCAGCACUGGUUUUGGAUCGGUCUGAACCGCAGGAACCCGAUGGAUAAUGGCAGCUGGAAGUGGAGUGACGGACUAGCUGUCACUUACCAGAACUUUGGCCGGUACUACUACAACGUCAGGCAGUGCGCUGCAGCAGACUUGGGUUCCAUGACCUGGCUGGCCAUGCACUGUGACUCUCAACUGGACUGGAUCUGCAAGAUCCCUCGAGGAAGCAUUGAAAAGGAACCAGAAGCCGCUGAAGGAACCACGUCGCCAGAAUGGAUCGGCUUUCAGGAGGCCGAGUACAAGUUUUUCGACCACCGCACCACGUGGGACCAGGCCCAGAGAAUUUGCUCCUGGUUUGAUUCCUCGCUGGCCUCCGUCCACUCGGCGAAGGAGGAGAAAUUCCUGGCUGGCACACUAAACCAGAUGGUAAAGGUGGAGGGCGAUAACUGGUGGCUGGGACUUCACACUUACGACAACGAUGGACGCUUCCGCUGGUCCGACCGCUCUGUGCUCAAUUACAUUUCCUGGGCCGCCGGCAGGCCACGCCCCCUCAGUCGUGACCGCAGAUGUGUGCACUUGACUGCCAGCAAAGCAGAGUGGGCUGAGCAGAAGUGCCACUCUGACCUGCCGUACAUCUGCAAGAGGGUGAACGUCACUGGCACCGCCCCCCCGACACCGGCGUCCCCCCACCCACCGUCAGGCUGCCCCGAAGGUUGGGCCUCGUAUCAGCGCAAGUGUUUUAGAGUGUUUGAGCUGCAGUCACAGAGGGCCACGUGGUCUGCGGCCAAAAUCAAAUGCGAACUGCAAGGAGGCGUCCUGGCCGUGGUGUCCAAUCAUCUGGAGCAAGCGUUCGUCACCACCCUGCUGUCCAACGGCACCGUCGACCUGUGGCUCGGCCUCAGCUCUGACGCCAAAGGUCACUUCCAGUGGGCGCAGCCGGGCCUGCUGAGCUACACCAACUGGGCUCCGGGACAGCCGGUCGACAACAACGGGCCGCACCACGACAAGAACCCGGGAAACUGCGUGGGCACGAUUCACGGCAACCCGCAGAAGAACAAGGGCAUGUGGGCCUCGCGGGCCUGCGAGACGGAAAGCAUCGGCUACCUCUGUCAGAGGCAACAAGAUCCAGGUAUGCCCGCGGCACCUGCCCUGAUUCCCGCCACCCUGUCCAAGCGCCUGGAGCUGGGUGGCGUCACGUACCAGGUGGUGCAGAAGCGACUGGACUGGACGGGCGCCCUGCACCUGUGUAACUCUUUGAACGGGACCUUGGCGGCGCCCAAAGAUCCCGUCCAGCAGGCGUACCUGACGUUGCUCAUCAACAGCUUGCGGCGGCCGGCGUGGAUAGCACUUUACAACUACGGGGGGCGGAGCUUCACCUGGCUGGGCGAGGAAGACUUGCCCUAUUCCAACUGGGUGGACGGGCAGCCCAAUCAGCUGUCGGGCUGCGGUCACAUGACCACCACCGGCCUGUGGACCAUGACCCCCUGCGAUGCCAAACUCGAUGCUGCCAUCUGUCAAAUUAGCGGUGCCGCAGUGAGUCACCAGUGGAUCUACCCGGGAAGUUGCCCCCGCUCGUUGGGCGACUGGGCGUGGGUGUCCUUCAGGAACCACUGUUACGCCUUCAACCUGCAAAGACUCAAACUGCAGCAGGACGCACGCUCGUCCUGCGAAAAAGUCGGAGCUGAGCUUCUCUCCAUCUUGGACGAGACGGAGAACGCGUUUGUGUGGGAGCACAUCCAGAGCUCGGCCGAGCAGGCCCACGGAGCUUGGCUGGGAGUCAGCGUCAAAGGCCGAGGUCUGGUGUGGAGCGAGGAGACGGAGAUGUCGUACACCAACUGGGAGUCUCACGACGUGGCCUUUUCCGUGCUGUCGCCCAACUCCUGCUUCUGGAUCCAGAGCAAUAGCGGCCUUUGGAAGCCCGGAUCGUGUCAGAAUCGAACGCACGGCGUCAUCUGCAAGCGGCCGAGAGUUAUCGAGUCCUCCACCGAGUUGCUGAGCGGCGACCACCUGCCCACACUGAUCGUGGUCCUGGUGACGGGAGUGGUGCUCGUGGUUCUGAUCGUGGGCAUCAUCUACCUGUACCGGCGGCGCGGCGGGGUGGGCGCGCGUGGGUCCUACGACGGCGCCCGCUACAGCCGCACACAUUCGGGCCAGGGCGAGCAGGUGGAGAAGAACAUCCUUGUGUCGGACAUGGAGCUCAACGAGCAGCCCGAGUAGAACCUUCCGAACUGGGCCAGACUGGACCGGAACCUUUAUUUUGCAAAGCCAAAAAUAAGAAUGAGAAAAAGAACCCCCUAAAAAGUGAAAGGCUGUGUAGAGCGCAGCAGCAUCUCAAUUUAAAGGAGUCAUAUUAUGCAUGUUCCCCGCCCCACACAAUUUAAAACCUUCCCAAGUUUUUUAAUAACAUGUCUGUGACAUGCUUUCCUCAAAAUACCACAACGGUUAACAAUUACAGCACAAUUUUUACAGAACAAAGGAAAUAAUCCAGUUUUGUCAUGCAAGAGAGCCACUGCUAACGCCCGCCCCUUCUACUGCAGGGCCAAGCUGAACACGGCUUUCGUUACUGUGACAGAGCUAGGGGGUUGCGACGAGGCGAGUGGCUACAAAAAGAAGAAAAGAGAAAGAUUCAAUUGUAGUUUCAUUCAUGGGGCAGCACUUCAUCGCCAAGUCGACCAAUUAAUCCAGGCCCCCAUACUAAACCCACAAAAGAUUUACUUUGUUGAAUUUCAUUCCUAUACAGUGCUGCCUUGAGAUACGAGUGCCUUGACGUGAGUUUUUCGAGAGCCGUAUUGUCUUGAGGUAGGAGCUAAAGCGGCAACUCACUUCACAGCAUCUGGCCACCAUCAAAUGACAUUGGUUUCCUUGCAGUGGAAGGAAAAUGUCAGUAGGUGGCGGUAAUGCGCCGUUACCUUGUUUGCCAACUGCCAAUAGAGCCCAAGGAAGAACAACAAGGAAGGAAAAUAUUAUAUGCAUUUUUUGAGACCGAUGCUGAUUCCAAUAUUUGGUAGAAUAAAAUUAUGACAUCCGAUUAAUCGACCGAUUCAUUUGAAAAAUGUAUAAUGAAUAAAAUAACUUCUUUUUAGUCCAUUAACACUUAACAACAAUAAAGACAUGAAUUGCAGGCAGAACAUUUGACUUUUUUUUUAACAAUACUUUGUCAUUUAGUAUUUGAUGAAUUUUACAACACGGAGAAAAAUCGGCAAAAAUCGUCCGAUUGUUUUGCAGAUUUUUUCAAUGUUUAUUUCCAUGUCAUUAUCUUUGUCUUCUGCUGUAAUGUGCUAAUGUAUGGUAAAAUAUAAUUUGCCGAUUUUGAAAGGGCUAAUAUUGGCCAAUUAAUCGGUCGAGCCCUAGAAAAUACAUUAGUUAGUUGUUGUUUAGUGCUCAUAUUUUGCAGGUUAUUUGGAGAGCAGAUUUUCUUGUAAAAAGAAAAAAAAAACUAUUUUGCUGUUUUUGGGGAAGGCUGGAACAGAUUAAUUGGCUUUCCAUUCAUUUCAAUGGGGAAGGAUGAUUUGAGAUAAGUGUGUGGUCACGGAAUGAAUUCAACUGGUCUCUCAAAGCGCCACUGUACAGGAAAGAUUUUCCAUAAUACGUCCCCUUGAAGUCUUUAAGAAAUAAAUGACUCCGGAGCUUUUCUCGCCAAGGAAGCCGCUCGCUCUUCUGCUGCCAAAUUCAGUUUUUCUUCUCGCUUAAAAACCAAGACAACACCAGCACAACCCUGACUUAUUUGAUGUCAUCAUCCCGACCCCGCCCCUUUCCCUUCGGACACGUCAGCAUCUGAAGACGAGGAAGAGGAUGAAGGAGGAGGAGGUGUCCACAUUUCCAGUGACGUGAGCUCCUGAGCUCCUGCUCCUGCUCUGUUCUUGCACUUUUCUUUGCCUCCACCUGGAGCUGAGUCAGCAAAUUUUCCUCCCUUGUAUUUACACACGUCUUCACAUCUAUUUAUGUUUUGGUCAACGUAUUUGCUUCUCUUCCUUUGUAGCUUGGUUCAACAGAUUAGAAGAGUUUCUUCAUGCUUCUUUUUUGAGUUUGUUUUGGAACAUUUGCAAACUAUACCCCCCCUCCACCCCAGCCCCUGACACGCAAUACAAGACUGUCGUUUUCACCCCACUAAAGGAUUUUGAACGAUUUCCUAAUCCAAAGAACAUAUAUACAUAUCCAUAUAACGGGUUAUGGGAAUUAUAUUCUCACAAAUAUCGGAAUUUGCAUCGGCCUCAAAAAGUCUUUAUACGUCAGGCCCUACUUAAAACCUUCAUUCGAAACUCCAUUUUGAAAGCCGUACCCAGGCUUUCUGACCCUAAUUUGAAACCCUGACGCAAUCUCGAAACCAUAAUUUGUGACCCGAAAAUGUUUUUGAUUGAAAUUCUAUCCCGGUCUUGUGCAGACUUGAAACUUGAGACUUGAGACUUUGAAACCCUAACCCUGACUCGGAGCCCUGCUUUCAAAGUCCUUAUUUGAAAUCCGUCUUUGAAUCCCUAACUCAGACUUCAAACCCUGACUUGAAACCCAACUUUGAAACCCUAACCCUUUGUUUGAAACCCUAUGACUUGAAUUUGUUGUUUGUCAACAUGUUCCCUCUCUUUCUUUCUUUGUUUCUUUCUUUGUCUCAUCAAGAUAUUUGGAGACUUUUCCAGCUUCUCUUUUUUUCCCCAGGUUUGUUUCUUUUGGAAAGUUUGCCAACAACCGAGAUCCCUCCUCCCGACACCAAUGUAAAUACCAGAUUGUUGUUUUUACCCCCCAAAAAGCAGAUUUAGGAUCAUUUCCCUGUCUUUCCCCCGCCUGCAGGAAUGUUUUUGUGUGUGUGUGCUGCUGCAUGGAUUUCGACUGAGAUGGAAGGGGGGGAGGAAGAAAAGGUGUGUGUGUGUGCGUGCGUGCGUGCGCGUGCGUGCGUGCGUGUGCGCGCGUGUGUGUGUGUGUGUGUGCUGUCUCCAGCUGUGGAAUGUUGAGUCGGCAAGAAGAGCCCAGUGGCACGUCUGGAACCAAUCGGAGAAGAGAAAGAGUGAAGAGUGGGUGGUUUUGGGUGUGGGUGGGGGGUUUGGAGCUCAGGGACGUGAGGGGAGCGGGUGAAAAGGGGGGGGGAAGCAGUGGAGGUGAAGAAGGGAUCAAGCGUGGAUGAAGGAGAGGAGGGAGGUGAGGAGGAGUCCAGGAUGUAGGAAGAGGUCGUCCGCCCUCUGGUGGCUGUUGGCUGUACUGCAGCCUCAAUGUGAGCCGUCAAUCAAACUUUGAACGUGUGCGGUGUGUGCGUGUGACAAUCCUUUUCCCGCCAUUAAAUCUGUCAAUCCGGCCACGUGUUGCUCCUGUGAAUAUGACCGCAAGUCCCGAUUUGGGCAAAAGUGUUGUCCUUUUUUUUUAUAUAUAUAUAUAUAUAUGAAAUGAGGAAUUAAAAUAUAUAUAUGUUC